CCUGGUUGCAGAGUUUCACUUCCAAGUGUACAUGAUAGUAGGUAUGUUUAAGCGAUGUCAAAGAGUAGAUGUCUGUUAGUGUUAGAAAAAUGUAUGAACACGAAACAAUUUAAGCAAACUCAUGCACAGAUAAUCCUUACAGGACUUGGAAACAACAGUUUCGCGAUUAGUCGUCUUUUAGCUUUUUGUUCAAACCCAUUUCAUGGAAUCCCUAUAACCUACUCAACUCAGAUUUUUGAUCAAAUUUUCAAACCCACUAUAUGUAUUUGUAAUACUAUGCUUAAAGCUUUUUUACUCAAAGGGGAACUCGAUAAAACUUUAGAAAUGUAUAGUCAUAUAAUGCACAUUGGUCUCUACCCUGAUAAUUACACUCUUCCCUAUGUAUUGAAAGCCUGUGCUCACUCCCAAAAGGUUCAAGUAGGAGAACAGAUUCAUGGGGGUGUAUUCAAGUUGGGUUUUGAUGGUGACAUUUUUGUAGGUAAUACGCUAUUGCUCAUGUAUUCUACUUGUGCUAGAAUGGUUGAAGCACGCCUUCUGUUCGAGGAAAUUCCGGAAAGAACUGCGGUUUCGUGGACAGUUAUGAUAUCUGGGUACUCUAAAAGGGGUGAUGUUGAUUCUGCGCGGUUAAUAUUCGAUGAAGCACCGUUCAAGGAUAGAGGAAUUUGGGGUUGUAUGAUUUCUAGUUAUGUGCAAAACAAUUGCUUCAAGGAGGGAUUGGAAAUGUUUCGUUUGAUGCAGUUGACGGAUAUAGACCCUGAUGAAGGAAUUUUUGUUAGCUUACUUAGUGCCUGUGCUCAUUUAGGAUCUGCUGAUAUUGGAAUAUGGAUUCACAGGCACUUGAAGAGAAUGCAGUUUCCGAUGUCUGUUCAGCUUAACACUGCUCUUAUAGAUAUGUACGCAAAAUGUGGGAAUUUGGGUUUAGCUAAGAAUUUGUUUGAUGGGAUGCGGGAAAGAGAUGUAAUUUGUUGGAAUGUGAUGAUUUCUGGAUCGACAAUGAAUGGGGAUGCCGAGAAUGCACUUGCACUGUUUGAGCAAAUGGAGAAAGAUGGUUUAAGACCCAACGACAUAACCUUCAUCGCGGUAUUAACUGCGUGUAGCUAUUCAGGUAUGGCUUGUAAAGGACUGCAGAUUUUUGAUAGCAUGAAGUCGGUUUACAGAAUGGAACCUAAAAGUGAGCAUUAUGGAUGUAUGAUCAACUUGCUUGGUCGAGCUGGGCGUUUUGAGGAGGCAAAAGAAAUUAUUCGGAAAAUGCCAACUUCAUGUAGCCAUUCAGACGAAGCAAUGGCUUGGAGAGCAUUACUGAGUUCUUGCUGUAGUCACGGAGAAACCAGUCUAGCAGAGGUUGCUGCUGAGAGACUCGUACAGUUAGAACGUCAUUGUGGGGUGUAUGUUUUACUAUCGAAUAUGUAUGCAAGUUCUGGUAAAUAUGACGAUGCUAGGAGAAUAAGGAAAGAUAUGAAAGAUAGAGGAGUAGAGAAGACACCGGGUUGUAGCUCGAUUGAGGUUAAUGGGUUUAUUCAUGAGUUUGUUGCUGGUGAGAAAACACGUCCUCAGAUGCAAGAGAUACAUAAAGUUUUGGAGAAGAUGAAUGGUCAGUUGGAGUAAUACGAAAGCAUGUUAGAGUAAGUGAAUUAGCUGCAUGGAAAAUGGCCAAGUGAGAGAACCAAUUCUACACAGCCAGUGAUACCGUGACAAGCGACUUGACCUCAAGCAAAGGUUCUAGUUUACUUAUCAGAAGUUAGAGCUUUCUUUUCUGAAGCAUCUCUGUCACUUGAGGUUGUCCGGUUAGAUCAGUUACAGCUGACAGUGAAAUAAUAUCAGAAGUUGAAGAUGGUAUUUCGAAACUUGCUCUUGUUAUUCACAGAAUUACUGGUCUCUGUCCAUUUAGAAAGUGCUCUCAUGUCCGAGGCAGAUGGAAAUAUGGUCUUGCAGAGUUUAUUGGAUAUUGAAUGACUCUGUAACAUGUUGUCAAACUGAAGUUAAUAGAGAGGUUGCAGGGAGGCUAUCUUAUGCAGUCAUGCAAUUGUGUAAGAGUAUCGAGCGGGUCAUAGUAUCACAGCCAUCGAACGAUCAAGCUGAAAUUCUUUCUGACUGGAUGAUGAAGGCCAAGCAGUUAAAGUUUCCGGCCUUUUGAGGUUUGGUGAUAUAGAAUUAAGUCCUCAAAGAAAGAUUGGUGGCAGGUCUCAGUAACAUCAACGAUGCCACAAUCAGCCUUUGGUCGUGUUUAUUUUUGUUUGCUCAGGUUGGACCUGACAUUGUUCAAUUCCAACCAAACUCAGGUUCAUUUCCAAAAUGAUGCAAGUGCCUAAAAUUUUCAAUUUAAAUCAUUCAUCAAAACUUCUGAAUCAAUUUUAAACUAGAGAGAUACAGAGAGUCAUAACUAGUUUGAUGAAGGAUCAAGGACAUGCCCCAUGAAUUAGCUCCUCUCGCCAUUCCCCAUGAGUUAGCUCCUCUCUGAUGCAAAAUGUGACUUUCUUGCGUCACCUGGUGCAGCAAUAAAACUGAGUUUUUGGCCACCUGGUUUAAAAUUUAUGUUUUCUUUUAGCCUCGUAGAUUCUGCUUUCAUACAGUGGAUCACAGCUCUUUCUUUCCAGUUUGGAGGCCAAAUUUUACCCUCAACCUUCCCCCUUAGCUAACCAUUUGUCUAUCAGGUUAGCUAGGACCUUACAAGAUCAUUGUUACACUCAAAACACAGGAAGAGAAUUGCAUAACAGUAUUUACCCCACGGCACUUGGAGAAGCAAAGUGAAGUCCUAGAAUGAAGUUGAUCAACAGAAUUGAACCUAAAAGUGAGCAUUAUGGAUGUAUGAUCAAUUUACUUGGUCGAGCUGAGCUUUUUGAGGCGAAAGAAAUUAUUCUGAGAAUGCCAA